ACUAACAUAUCCCUCUAAUAAACCCGAAUUUCAGAUUUCCCUCUCCAAACAUAAAAACACUCAUCUGCAAAAUAACCAAAUUUAAACAGGGUAUCCAAACAAGGACUUAGCAAACGUGAUUAGUUAGUAUUUACCUGCAACACACAGUCACACACCAUGUUUGCAGAGAAGGUUAUUAACCCCUUCGCAAAGAAGCGCUCUCAACACGCCGUUGUUUCAUCCGCAGUGGUACCAAACACGAGCUCGAAGAAGCUAUGGAGACUUCCACACGUGUUCGCGAGAACGCUGGAGCUACCUUUUCCUUCAGACGCCGACGUUUCGAUCGACGAAACGAAGCAGUUUUUCCGCUUUGUGGCCUCGUGUGGCGGCGGCAAGACCAGCAGCAUGUUCGACGGCGUGAGAGCUCACGCCGUCGAGAUUCUCCCGGGGAUAACAAAGAUCGUGAUUAGGAGACUGGAUGGCGGCGAUGUCGCGGUUACAGGGCAUCAGCGUCAGCAGCCUCGUUUCGGCGCUGAUCUCUGGCGGUACCGGCUUCCGCCGUGGACGCAGCCGGAGAAGGUCACCGCUGUUUGCACAGGCGGGAAGCUGGUGGUUACGGUACCCAAGAGCAGAGGGAACUGAUUCUGUUUAUAUGAGAGGCAUGUACUUUGCUGUAUUUAACUACUCAGUAAAAAGAGUUCUGCCGUCCAGAAUGAUCUUACUCCUCGAAAUUACGAGAGCAAUUUAACAGUGAUUAGGUACAUGUUAAGAUGCUAUGUGACCACGCUCUUUUAUCAUAAUAGUUUUCUCUAAUAAAACAAAGAUUCCAUGCCAUUUGGCCUGUUCUUUUGGCUCUGGCCUUGGCUUGUGAAUCAAUUCGAAAUUUGAAGGUUAUUUGAUCA